CCAACAAUGUCUCGCCAAUUCCGAUACUCACUCCCACUACACCCCCCUCGUCUUCCCUUCCUCAGAAAAAGGUUCUGGUCCCAAUUGGGUUCGGGACAGAGGAGAUGGAGGCUGUGAUUAUGAUUGUUGUUUUGCGGCGAGCAGGAGCUAAUGUGACAGUAGCUUCCGUGGAGGAGCAGCUGGAGGUUGAGGCCUCUGGAGGUACCAGGCUGGUGGCUGACGCAUUUAUCUCUGCUUGUUCUGAUGAAAAUUUUGAUCUUGUUGCGCUGCCGGAUUAAGGGACUGCGAAAUUCUUCAGAAAAUCACGAAAAGACAGGCUGAUGCAAAGAGGUUGUACGCUGCAAUUUGUGCUGCUCCAGCAGUUACUCUUUUGCCUUGGGGCCUACUUAGGAGAAAAAAGACGACUUGUCACCCUGCAUUUAUGGACAAGCUCUCGACUUUCUGGGCUGUCAAAUCAAAUUUACAAGUCUCGGGAGAGCUAACAACAAGUCGAGGCCCUGGUACUUCUUUUCAAUUUGCUGUAUCAUUGGUGGAACAGCUCUUUGGCGAAUCAGUAGCCAAGGAAAUCUGUGAGUCCAUGCUGCUAAAUAUUGUUGAUGACAAUUCUAGGAAAGAAGAAUUUGAUGAAGUCUCAUGGUCCCUAGGGCAUGCGCCUGAGGUCCUCAUUCCAGUUGCCAACGGUUCUGAAGAAAUUGAAGUGGUUACCAUUGUAGAUAUCCUACGGCGUGCAAAAGCAAAUGUUACAGUUUCUUCAGUGGAAAAAUCGUUGCAGAUAUUGGCAUCGAGUGGCACAAAAAUAAUUGCAGACAAGAUGAUUAGUGAUGCUGCCAAUUCAGUUUAUGAUCUAAUUGUCCUGCCGGGAGGGGCGUUAGGCUCUGAGCGGCUGCACAAGUCCAAGAUUCUGAAGACGUUGCUAAAAGAACAACAAUCGGCUGGGAGAAUGUUGGGUGCAAUCUGUUCUUCACCUGCAAUCCUACACAAACAAGGAUUGCUAAAGGAUAAGCGAGCCACAGCUCAUCCUUCUGUCAUUAACAAGCUCAACAGUGCUGUAAAUACUGCCCGGGUAGUUAUCGAUGGGAAAGUCAUCACUGGCAAGGGACUCGCUACUGCAACAGAUUUUGCACUUGCUAUUGUAAGUAAACUUUUCGGGCAAGCAAGAGCGAGGAGUGUGGCUGAAGGUCUUGUUUUUGAGUAUCCUCGGUGAUAGGCAGUUACCAUCACCCAUUUGGGUUCAACAUUCCCCCAUGUUUGACAAGUCUUUGUCCCAAGACUGAAGCGAUGAAGACGUUAUGUAUUUGACAUGGCAAAUAAGCAGAGCUACUAGAAUGUGAUUGUUCCAUCUUGGUAAAAGAAGACUCCAUUUUCUGCCAAAAAAGAAAAAAAAGGGUUUUGCAUUCGCCCGGAGGCAACACUCAAGUCCAAGCCACACGCAAUAGUUGAGUUAAAUUUCGAUUGAAUGUGCAGCUAUUAAAGAGUUGAUUAUAACUUGUUUGGAGACAUAUGCAUGUUGCUUGAGGAGGAGAAAAAGUUUCAGUUUGAACAGAGGCAACGGCAUGGUGAGUGCAUUACUAUGUCGUGUGAUUAAUAUAUAGUCGAGGAAAAGCAAAGCUUUUUGAAGUGCAGAGAAGUUGCUAUUGGAGCAUCCAACUGCCGGGUGCAUCGAUUCGGUUUUGUCCCAAGUCCAUGAGUUGGAUCCGUGGAUCUCAUGUUUGGAUAUGGAUUUUCUGUUUUUUUCAAGGAAUUAUAGGCCAUUGCAUUAGAGUCUAUACUAUUAAGCAUCAAGGAUCUUUUGGUGUGUUUUACUAAAAUGUCCCUUAUAAUAUACAUGACAUGGAUGUAACUACCUAUUUUACAUCAUUUUAUAGUUGAAAUCAUCAUCUAAAUACUUUAUAA